UGCGGGGCUCACUCGGCUGCAGCCGGCGCCGCUGCCACUCCCGGGAGCAUGAAGGACCGAACCCAGGAGCUCCGCACGGCCAAGGACAGCGAUGAUGAUGAUGACGUCACCGUCACCGUGGACCGAGACCGCUUCAUGGAUGAGUUCUUUGAGCAGGUGGAGGAGAUCCGGGGCUUCAUUGACAAGAUCGCCGAGAAUGUGGAGGAGGUGAAGCGGAAACACAGCGCCAUCCUGGCCUCCCCCAACCCCGACGAGAAGACGAAGGAGGAGCUGGAAGAACUCAUGUCCGACAUAAAGAAGACAGCGAACAAAGUUCGUUCCAAGUUAAAGAGCAUCGAGCAGAGCAUUGAGCAAGAGGAAGGCCUGAACCGCUCCUCAGCUGACCUGAGGAUCCGGAAGACACAGCACUCCACGCUGUCGCGAAAGUUUGUGGAGGUCAUGUCAGAGUACAAUGCAACGCAGUCUGACUACCGCGAACGCUGCAAGGGCCGCAUCCAGAGGCAGCUGGAGAUCACUGGCCGGACCACAACAAGUGAGGAGCUGGAGGACAUGCUGGAGAGUGGGAACCCUGCCAUCUUUGCCUCUGGGAUCAUCAUGGACUCUAGCAUCUCGAAGCAGGCUCUGAGCGAGAUUGAGACGCGGCACAGCGAGAUCAUCAAACUAGAGAACAGCAUCCGGGAGCUGCAUGACAUGUUCAUGGACAUGGCCAUGCUCGUUGAGAGUCAGGGGGAGAUGAUUGACAGGAUCGAGUACAACGUGGAACACGCGGUGGACUAUGUGGAGAGGGCCGUGUCUGAUACCAAGAAGGCCGUCAAGUACCAGAGCAAGGCGCGCCGGAAGAAAAUCAUGAUCAUCAUCUGCUGUGUGAUCCUGGGCAUCGUCAUCGCCUCCACCUUUGGCGGCAUCUUCGGAUAGAAGCCCCCAACCUGCCACUCCACUCCAGACGGCCACCCCAAGGAGGCCCCUGGCUGCUGCUGCCUGGCUGGGUUGCCCUCCCCACCCUGCCGCUGGCUCUGGCUCGGAGCACUCUCCCUCCCACCCCAUACUGCGCCAUUUUCUGCCAUGGGCCCUGCAGUCCCACCCUGCCCUGAGCCGUGUCGUGUGCAUGAUCUUUGUGACAGUGUUGUCUGUACAGAAGAGGCAGAGGGAAAUAGCCAGUGGGCCCUGGCCACCUCCCUUUACAAGGCAGGGCUGCCCAGGGUGGCACACGCUACCCCUCCUUGCCUCCAGUAAUGCCACUCAGGCCUGGGGGCUGCCUUUUCCCGGGAUCAGGGGUCUUUCUGGACCCCAACCUUGCAUCCAGCUGACCUGCCCACCUGCCCUGUCCUCUGGCCUCUCCAGCUGUCCCCACAAGCUGAGCCCCAAGGGGUGGGGACCAGCUGGCCACAUGGUGCUGCUUUUCAGGUUAGGGGAGGGGUGGCCUUGAGUGAGAGCCCAGCUCCAAGCCUCUAAUCGCUGAUCACUGCCAAGGAGGCUCAGGGUGCUGUGGCUUCGGGCCAUGUCAAGACCAGGCUCCCUCCCCUGUAAGGGGCAAAGUCCAACAGGCCUUCAGCCUCAACUUCCCUUCCCACAUUCCUGCAGCCCCAGGAGCAGCCCCUUUGGGCUAAGCCCAACCCCAGGAGACCCUCUGGAAGAGGCUGGCUGGUGCCCAGUCCCAGCCACUCCUGCAGCUCGAGGCAGAGCAGGCCUCAGUCCAGUCCUCAAGCCUGUGUUGCAUGUUUGGGACAGCAGUCCCUGCUCUCUCGUGCUCCAGGAAGUCAGGUGUCACUUCAGGCCUGCAAUCUCAUCCUGCCCUUGCCGCCCCCAUUGAUGUGCCAUGUGGGUGUCAGUGUCUCCGACGCAGUAUUCAGCAGCCAGCCAGGGAGGGCCACCUCCCCCUCCCCACCAUCUUGGGGCUUCUUGUCAGAAACGUGCCCCUGCCCCAAGACCACUCUCCCUCGUCAACAGGCAAGGAGUGUGCAUGCGAGCGCAUGCAGCAGGGGAUGGGGCCGUGUCUGGGUGCCCCAUCUGCCCUCAGCUUUGCUCCUGCCCAGUGACUGUGACCACUGUCCGUGUUGCCUUCUUCAAAGCGACUCCCUCCCACCCCUUCACCAAAGGUCUCGGUACAACCAGCUGCCCAUUUUGUGAAAUUUUUAUGUAGAAUAAACAUUUGUAUCUGUACCAGG